GGGCCUCUGGGCAAUAGAGGGAAAAUAACGGAAGCCCUCUUAAAACAAUAAAAGAAAAGCUGAGCGUGCUUAUCUUUAUCAGAGAUGUGGAUUCCUCUUCUCGUGCUGGCUGUAAACUUGCUCUUUGUUCAUGGGAAGAAAGCAGCCCUUCCUCAUACGAAAUGCGAGCGGACUUUCGAAAAGGUUGGUUGUUUCAAGGACAAUACCAAGAGAGGGAUGAGAACUCUGCCAGAUCUCUUAGUGAACGAUAGAGACAAAUCAAGUGAUGCCCAUGAUGGUCAUCAGAUUGAUUGGCAUGCGUGGGAAGAGUCAAUGCUCAGUCUUGCCUGCCGCUGUGCAAAUAAAACCCGUGAAAAUGGUUGGAAAGUAUUUGGGUUGCAAUUCUAUGGGGAGUGCUGGAGUGGAGAGAAUGGGGAGACAGCAUUUAACAAAUAUGGUGAAGCUGAUCCCAAAAAGUGCAUCCAGGAACUUGUAGAGCCAUUUCCUCCUUGUGAUAAAAGCAAGGAUAUGGAAUGCGUAGGAACUCAAAGCACUAACUACAUCUAUAGGUUGAAAGACUUAAAACCUAAGGAUGUGAAUGGUGGUUACUCAUUGUGGUCAGAGUGGACUGAAUGCACUAAAACCUGUGGAGGCGGAACACGAGCCCGUGAAAGAACCUGUACCGACCCUGCCCCUGUGGGGAAUGGAAAGGGUUGUGAUCAUCUAGGUGAACCAGAGGAGAAUCAGAAAUGCAAUGAAGAUCCGUGCCCUGAUCCCUGCAAGAAAUCACUGGACGUUGGCCUGAUAAUAGAUGCUUCAGGCAGCGUUGGAAGUGGAAACUUUGCCAAGGCUUUGAAGUUCCUCUCUGAUCUUGUUGGCCACUUGUCAGUAUCACCACAAGGAACCCAUGUCGGUGCCAUCGUUUAUAAUUCAGUAGCCACAUUACAAUUCAACCUGGCGAAAUCGGAAUACCACAGCCUUUCCAAGCUGCAGGAAGCCAUCAAGGGCCUGAAAUAUACUGGUGGAGGAACCAGGACAGAUCUGGCCCUUAAGAUGGCUGCUGAUCAGAUCUUUAGCGCCGCUGAUGGCGAUAGGGCAGAUGCUGCAAACGUUUUAGUGAUCCUCACCGAUGGCAAAACAAAUAGCAGGAGUGCACCAUAUGUGGAUGUUUUAAAGCCUCUGCAGAACAAGGGAGUCCGCACGGUUGCUGUGGGAAUUGGGAACAGCAUCGGUGACGAUGAACUGCUUAUGAUCGCUGCGGGAAAUCCUGACUACGUCACACAUGUAAACGAUUUUGAUGAGCUUAAAAACAACUUGAAGCAAAUCCUCAUGGAAUCUUGUCAAGGUGCUGGUGAUGUCGAUGGGGCCUGGUCCGAGUGGUCUAGCUGGACGCAGUGCUCUAAGUCUUGUGGUGGAGGAGUAAAAGUUCGCGAGAGAUCGUGUACCAAUCCCCCACCAAAAGGCAACGGCAAGAGUUGCGCUGGAGAGUUGGAAGAGACUGGAGCGUGUUCUGAGAAUCCAUGUCCCAAACCUUGUACCAAGGCCUUAGACGUUGGCAUCAUCCUGGAUGGCUCAGGCAGUGUGGGUAAAAACAACUUCAAAAUAGCCAAAGAGUUCGUCCAGUCCUUGAUGUCUCACUUCUCAGUCUCCACCAAAGCAACGCACUUUGGCGUAAUUACAUAUAGUACAAAUUCCAAUUUGGAAUUUGACUUAGCAAACCCAAAAUAUCACAACGUGGUCGAACUUAAGAAACGUGUGAUGGAAAUUAGGUACCCUGGGCAGUGGACUCGCACUGAUAGGGCUUUGGAAAUGGCUGCUCAAAAGCUAUUCACUAGCGCCGGAGGAGAUCGUAACGACAAAGCAAACAUUUUGAUUGUGUUCACCGAUGGUAAAACAAACCGAGGAAGUAAGCCAUAUCCUGAAGUACUACAACCACUCCAGGAAAAAGGAGUCAGAACCGUUGCAGUGGGUAUUGGUCACGGUAUCAACCAGCGAGAGUUGCGUCAGAUUGCUAUGAACGAUGAUCAGUAUGUUAUACAGGUGGAUGACUUUGAUGCCUUGAAGGAUAAACUACAGAUGAUUCUAGAUGAGUCCUGUCAAGGUGCACCGCCAUCUACGCCUAGCCCUCGAUGUAAAGAAGGAGAACUAGGUCUUCAGAGCGGUGACAUUCCUGACGAUGCAAUCACGGCCUCCAGCCAGUGGGAUGGAAACCAUGGUCCAAUCCGUGCGCGACUAAAUUCGGCACGUUCGGGAGCGAAGACAGGAGCUUGGUCUGCAAAAUAUAACGACUUAGGGCAAUGGAUUCAGGUCGACUUCGGAAAGAUUGUCAAGAUAACACGGGUGUUUACCCAAGGUAGAAGUGAUUAUGAUCAAUGGGUGACGUCAUACUGGAUAUCCUACAGCCUCAAUAAUGGUUUCUACGACGUCUACGGUGAAAAUGGUCCAAUUAUCUUUACAGGGAACUCUGACAGGAAUACAAUCAAAGAAAACAAGUUGGAAGUGCCCAUCUACACUCGUUUCUUUCGUCUUCACCCAAAAACGUUCCAUGGACAUAUCUCCUUGAGACUUGAAUUAUUUGGCUGUCAAACAGGCUUUGUCCCUCCCAGUCCCCCACUGUGCAUGGAAGCACUCGGCAUGCAAAGCGGGCGUAUCAAACCAGAUGCCCUACAAGCUUCUUCACAAUACGAUGCUAACCACGGAGUAGAUAAUGGUAGGCUCCACUUCCAGAAAACAGGUUCAAGAAUCGGUGCAUGGUCUGCCAAGACAGCAGAUGGUAACCAAUAUAUUCAAGCCAAGUUUGACGUGGUUGCUAAGGUACGUCGCGUUGCUACUCAGGGACGAAUGGACGCUGACCAGUGGGUAAAGACAUACACUUUGGCCUACAGCUUCGAUGGAAAGACGUGGAAAGAUUACAAGCUCAAUAAUAUAGUUACGGUCUUCCAAGGAAACAACGAUCGUUACACUGUAGCAGCUGAGUUUGUUGAUCCACCAAUCAUUGCUCAGUAUAUACGGAUCAAACCUAAGAGCUGGCAUGGAACCAUUUCUAUGAGAGUGGAGUUCUACGGAUGUACUGAAGAUGGUGACAUUUGCAGUGUGCAUAAGCCUUGCCAAAAUGGCGCCCAGUGCACAAAUGUUGUGGGUGGCUAUCAAUGUAAAUGCCCACCUGGAUUUAAAGGCAAAAACUGUGACGAAGAUGUCGAUGAAUGCGCCAGCAAACCAUGUAAAAAUGGCGGCAAGUGCGAGAAUAAACCAGGAGGUUACAAAUGCACUUGUGUUGGUGGUUGGUUUACAGGAAAGAACUGUGAUGAAGCUCCCGCUGAGUGCAUCGUAAACGUCAAACUCAGUGAAGCAAACCGAGCUUCAGGCAACUUAAGAAAGAGCUUUCUGGAAUGCGACGUAAGAAAUCUAAAAACGAUAGGAAAAUGGCAUCAAUUUGUUGGAGAAGCUGGCACUAAGAUACCAAACUCCUGCGUUCCUACGCAACGCUGCGGAACCCAUGCCCCUGGCUGGAUGAAGGACGCGCACCCUAAGAAGGAAGAUGGAGUGGUUAAGAGGAAGAUCUGCUUCCACUGGAGCGGCAACUGUUGUCGAUGGAGUGUCGACAUCGACGUCAGGAACUGUGGAAGCCAUUACGUGUACAAGCUGGUGAAGCCGCCGGCGUGUUAUUUACGAUUUUGUGGCGAUAAAGGACAUAAUGUUUGUGAACCAAAGAAUCCGUGCCAAAAUGGCGGGGUUUGUAAACCUCAAGGUGAUGGCUACUAUUGCCAGUGUAAAUCCGGUUACCAAGGAAAGAACUGCGAUAAAGAUAUCGAUGAAUGUGCUGUCAACAAUCCAUGUAAGAAUGGAGGAACGUGCACUAACACCGCUGGAAGCUACAAAUGCGCAUGCGGAGCAAAGUACACCGGAAGAAACUGCGAAACGGAUGUUAACGAGUGCACAGUACACAAGCCUUGUAAAAACGGAGGUACCUGUAUAAACUCUGUUGGUGGAUACAGCUGCAAGUGCCCGAAUAACUUCAAAGGAAAACACUGCGAUGAAGAUGUUGAUGAGUGUAGCGACAUUAAACCCUGCAAGAAUGGAGCGAAAUGCGCCAAUACUGUUGGAAGUUACAAGUGCACAUGUGUUGGUGGCUGGUUCACUGGAAAGCACUGCGACGAAGAUCCUUCGGAAUGUUCUAGCUACACUGAGCUUAACACCGCUGAUCGUGCCUCUGGGUCUCAUAGAGGUAGGUUGUUGAAGUGUGACAAGAACGACUUCCCAUCCCAAGCCAAGUGGUACCGCUUCACAGGUGCCGCAGGAACAAGGAUGCCUACUUCGCCUGUUGCCAUACAUCAUUGUGGAACUCAUGCACCGGGCUGGCUGAAUGGCCAACAUCCGAAGAAGGAGGAUGGGCUUGUUUCGCGGAAGGUUUGCUUCAACUGGGGCAAUAACCUUUGUAGAUGGCACGUGUUUGUCAGUGUCCGUAACUGUGGGAACUUCCUCGUGUAUCAUUUAGGAAGGACACCUGGAUGCUCUUUCCGUUAUUGCGGAAACAACGGGCAUAAUGUGUGUAAAGCUCGCAACCCAUGUAAGAAUGGAGCAACUUGCCAACCCAACGGUGAUGGUCAAACAUGUCAGUGCCCAGCCAACUUCCAAGGAGAAUUCUGCGAUCAAGAUGUGGAUGAAUGUGCUAAGAAUCCAUGUAAGAACGGUGCAAAGUGCACCAAUACACAUGGAGACUAUAAGUGCGCGUGCAGCAGUGCUUUCACUGGAAAGAACUGUGAUGUGGACGUGAAUGAGUGCAAAGUGCGCAAUCCGUGCAAAAAUGGAGCCACUUGUGUGAACUCAGUUGGUAGUUACAGCUGUCAGUGCCCUGAAAACUACAAAGGAAAAUACUGUGAUGAAGAUGUGGAUGAGUGCAUUUCCAAGAAACCUUGUAAAAACGGUGCAAAAUGUGAAAACACCCGCGGUGGAUACAAAUGUACUUGUGUAGGAAAGUGGUUCACGGGUAAACACUGCGACCAAGAUCCUUCUGAAUGUUCAAGCUACACUGAGCUGAACACUGCCGAUCGUGCCUCUGGUUUGCAAAGGGGUGGGUCGGUGAAGUGUGACAGAAAUGACCUCCCUUCUCAAGCUAAGUGGUACCGCUUCACAGGUGACGCGGGAACAAGGAUGCCUACUUCGCCUGUUGCCAAACAUCAUUGUGGAACCCAUGCACCGGGCUGGCUGAAUGGUCAACAUCCGAAGAAGGAGGAUGGGCUUGUUUCGCGGAAGGUUUGCUUCAACUGGGGCAAUAACCUUUGUACAUGGCACGUGUUUGUCAGUGUCCGUAACUGUGGAAACUUCCUCGUGUAUCAUCUAGGAAGGACACCAGCAUGUUAUUUACGUUAUUGUGGAAACAAAGGGCAUGAUGUAUGUAAAGCUCGCAACCCAUGUAAGAAUGGAGCAACUUGCCAACCCAACGGUGACGGUCAGACAUGCCAGUGCCCAGCCAACUUCCAAGGAGAAUUCUGCGAUAAAGAUGUGGAUGAAUGCGCUAAGAACCCAUGUAAGAACGGUGCAAAAUGUACCAAUACACACGGAGACUAUAAAUGCACGUGCAGCAGUGCUUUCACUGGAAAGAACUGUGACGUGGACGUGAAUGAGUGUAAAGUGCGCAAUCCCUGCAAAAAUGGAGCCUCUUGUGUGAACUCCGUUGGUGGUUACAGCUGUCAGUGCCCUGGAAACUACAAAGGAAAACACUGUGAUGAAGAUGUAGAUGAGUGCAUUUCCAAGAAACCAUGUAAAAACGGUGCAAAAUGUGAAAACACCCGCGGUGGAUACAAAUGUACUUGUGUAGGAAAGUGGUUCACGGGGAAACACUGCGACCAAGAUCCUUCGGAAUGUUCAAGCUACACUGAGCUGAAUACUGCCGAUCGUGCCUCUGGUUUCCAAAGGAGUGGGUUGGUGAAGUGUGACAAAAACGACCUCCCUUCCCAAGCUAAAUGGUACCGCUUCACAGGUGCCGCAGGAACAAGGAUGCCAACUUCGCCUGUUGCCAUACAUCAUUGUGGAACCCAUGCACCGGGCUGGCUGAAUGGUCAACAUCCGAAGAAGGAGGAUGGGCUUGUUUCGCGAAAGGUUUGCUUCAACUGGGGCAAUAACCUUUGUACAUGGCACGUGUUUGUCAGUGUCCGUAACUGUGGAAACUUCUUCGUGUAUCAUUUAGGAAGGACACCAGGAUGCUCUUUACGUUAUUGUGGAAACAAAGGUUAUGACAGAUGUCUUGUCAAGAAUCCUUGUCUGAACGGAGGAACUUGUAAAAAAGUUGGAGAGGAGGACUAUCAGUGCGCAUGUCCAGCUUGGUACAAAGGACGAAACUGUGAACAAGCGAUCUGCAGACAAAGGACGGACAGCAAAGAUGGUCGCUGUUGUGUUUUCCCUUUUACAUACAAAGGCAAAACUUACAACUCCUGCACUACCUACAAACACGACAGAUUAUGGUGUUCACUUGAUCGUGACUAUAAUGGAAAAUGGGCCAAUUGCGUAUAUCCUUGUGACAAGAAACCAUGCCAGAACGGAGGAACCUGCAAAAACACAGGGGUGGAUACCUACCAGUGUCAGUGUAAGAGCGGAUUCCAAGGAAUCAAUUGCGAAAAAGACGUUGACGAGUGUGCAACCCUUAAGCCAUGUAGAAAUGGAGCAAGUUGCCAAAACACCAGAGGAGGAUACAGUUGUGCUUGUGCUCAAAGAUUCACUGGCAAAAAUUGCGACCAGAUUUAUGUUCCUCCUGAAUGCAAAAAUCCAGUGGUUAUAAGUCAUGAAAGUCGUUCGAUGGAACACACUGGUGCACCCAUUAGUUGCGAUCAGCGGAACCUUCCUACGGUCGGCAAAUGGCACCGCUUCAUGGGCGCGGCGGGAAAUGCCAUGCCUACCUCCUGUGUGCCGACACACCGCUGUGGUACGCAUGCUCCUGGUUGGCUCUCGGGGGAUCACCCAUCUGAGGACCAGGGUGUUGUUACGAGAAAGGUUUGCUUCCAUUGGAGUGGCGACUGUUGUAGAUGGAGUGUAAACAUCAAAGUCAGAAGUUGCGGGGAAUAUUACGUCUACCAGUUGCCCAAAACACCUGUCUGCAAUCUCCGCUAUUGCGCGAAGAAAACAACUCCUGGGGCACCCUCAUCCUGCAGACGACCGAUGGACAUCGGUGUAAUUAUGGACCGCUCUGGCUCAGUCGGAGGAAACAACUUUGAAAAGGCUAAACAGUUCGUCAUAUCUCUCGUACACAAGCUCCAAAUAUCGUCACACGGCACUCGAAUCGGAAUCAUCCCCUACCACUCUAAUGCGGAAGUGGCGGUAAAAUUCGCAGAUGUGGCAUAUCAGACGCCAGAUGCUAUGACCAGGUUGAUAAAGGGUAUCCCUUACACCCAUGGUUUGACGCGAACCGACAUAGCUAUUGAACUGGCCAAUAGCCAACUGUUUAGCAACUCGGGAGGACGCCGUAUUGACAAACCUAAUGUGUUGAUUGUGAUGACCGACGGAAACACAAAUCCUGGAAGUAAAUCAUACAGCCAAGUUCUUGCUCCUUUAAAGCAAAAGAAUGUGAGGAUGAUCGCUGUUGGUGUAGGAUCAAGUAUAAAUGAUGAUGAGUUGAAACAAAUCGCCGACGGAAAGCGGGAAAAUGUUAUUCACGUGGACAAGUUUGACGACCUUGUCAGCAAUGAGAAUAAUGUUCUGUUUGCAUCUUGCGAACCAGACUCUCCAGGUCCAGGUUGUCAUCAUGCCAUGGACGUGGGUAUCAUUAUGGAUCGAUCCGGUUCAGUUGGGUCUGCUGACUUCCUUAAAUCGAAAAGCUUCGUUAAAACUCUGGUACACCGUUUCCAAAUCUCUUUCCAUGGAACACGUGUCGGAAUUAUAGCUUACCAGUCGAAUUCGCACUUGGCUGUGAAGUUUAGCGAUGCUAAUUCUCAGAAUCCAGCUGCCAUGACAACCAUUAUCGACAACAUCGCCUACACCGGCGGGGGUACAAGGACCGACAUUGCACUUGAGAUGGCCAAUACAGGACUGUUCAGUUCAGCGGGUGGAGACCGAACAGAUAAACCUAACGUGCUUGUAGUAAUUACUGACGGAAAAACCAAUUCUGGUAGCAAGGCUUAUCAGACCGUUUUAGCACCGCUUAUUGAUAGUAAGGUAAAAAUGAUUGCCGUUGGAGUUGGCUCCGGCAUCGACUACAGUGAACUCAAUGAGAUUGCUAAUGGAAAAACGGCAAAUGUUAUCCAUGUUGACAAGUUCGAGGAUCUCUUUGUGCGACUGAACAACGUACUUCGAGCUUCAUGUGAAGCUGACUAAGAAAUUACCGCCACUAGACAGUUUAAUCACUCAACAAAAGAAUGAAGACACAACGCAAUGGAUAAUAUUCAUGUCAAAAAGUUUCAAUAAAUGUUCUUCAGGC